AUGAGACUACUUUGGUUUGGGCUGCUUGUGUGGCCUGCAGCAGGGGCACCAGCUUUUCGUAGUGCUGUUCUCCUUUCUGAGGAGACUCUGCAGAGCCUCUCCGCCCAUGAAUCGGACUUGCUGUCAUUAAUGGAUCAGGCAUCACAAGCCAGAGAUGCACUUCAAGAAGCACGGCACCUGCAAGUCAUUUCAGAGUCUUUGACGGGCGUUUUCCUCAAGAACAUGUCAAAAGAGGUGACAGAUAGAUUCUUGCACCAUAUGAAAACGCAGGUCGACGCCCUUCAAUCUUCGAUUCCCGAUAGACUCGCAGCCAGUCAGAAACACUUGGAUCACGUGCUUUCACUCUUCUACAAGUGUGAUGCAGAACGUGUCACAAAACUUGCUUUUGCCGACCGACAUGAAAAUGAAACUGCCAGGAAAGCAAGAUCGCAUAUUCUGUGCCGAAGGGAGGAAGCAACGGCUAAGUUGGCAGCAGACACAUGCGAGAAGGCCAAUGCAGAGCUAUCUCGAUCCCUCAGGGAGGACCCGACGUGCCAAAAUUGGCCUGCUCUCAAGGCUUUGACAGCUGAGUCUGCGGCAUGCAAAGAGCCGACGGAAAAAGAAACAUAUGAGGAGUAUUUGGAGCGCAUGAGGAGCGAGUUUGACAGUCAACUCCUUCUCUUUCGGCAGCUCAAACAUGUCUGUUCACCGCGUGAGAACGCAAUCGUCAGCUGUGACGAGGAUAAGAUCGCUUACAUCCAGAAGUUGCAACUUUGCAACACUUUGCAGCAGCAGUUGGAGAAGGAGUCUUGCCGUCAUGCUAUCGAAAUUCGACAAGCUUGGAAUUCCUAUGCAGGGUGCUUUAUGGAUGCCCAUCGAAGAUACCAAAACGAGGCUGCCCAAGCACAACAGCUUCAAGGAGCGCAACUGAAGGAGUUCCAAGCGACCAAGAAGAUCGAGUGCAUGCUGGGAGGAUUCAGACCUACACAACCCAAGGAGGAUUUUGCGCAUUGCGCCUCCUAUUCUCUCAGGUUCCCCGCUGAAAGUUUGCCAACUUACCCUGGCAGCAAAGAAUACGGGGAACAGAAGUAUGCAAAUGUGCCUCACGAGGCCCCGGACAUCCAGUCCAUUCACUGCCCAGUUGAGGCAGUCAACAUGUCGCAGGUUGAGCCUCCCUCCGGUUGUGUGAAGUGA